UGAGUCUCAGGGCACCACACUCGACCCAUCCAAACGAGUAAAUAUUGGGCACCACUUUCGAAUGCGAAAGAAAAGAAAGAAGCAGGAGCACGGGCGCCGAUCGUUCUUGUUCUCCAAGAAUUGCGGGAAAGACGUCUCCUUUUGCCAAAAGCAAGCCAACCCAUUUUCAAUCUUUACUCCCUGAAUAGUUUAUAUGAGCUAGCGGGGAGCGGCGGAAGAUCAGAGAGAGUCAAGAAUGGCAUGGUUCCGAGGCUUCGUUCAGGUCUCCAACAUCAAGAACUCGGCACGACCCGCCAGAUCCACCACCCACCUCCUCACCUCCCUCUCGCACUUCAGCUCCGCCGCCGGCGGGCCGGCGCUGGCGGCGGCGGCGGCGCGAGAGCAGCCGGACCUGGCCCCGACGAGGCCCGGCGAGAAGCCGAGGGUGGUGGUGCUGGGUUCGGGCUGGGCGGGCUGCCGGCUGAUGAAGGGCCUGGACACCAACGCCUACGACGUCGUGUGCGUGUCGCCCAGGAACCACAUGGUGUUCACGCCGCUCCUGGCGUCGACGUGCGUGGGGACCCUGGAGUUCCGGUCCGUCGCCGAGCCCAUCGGGCGGAUCCAGCCCGCCAUCUCCACCGCGCCCGGGUCCUAUUUCUUCCUCGCCAACUGUACUGGGGUCGAUGCUGACAAUCACUCGGUGCAUUGCGAGACCGUAACCGAUGGAAUCAGCACUUUAGAGCCUUGGAAGUUUAAACUUGCUUAUGACAAGUUGGUUGUAGCGUUAGGGGCAGAGGCCUCAACUUUUGGAAUCCACGGUGUGAACGAGAACGCAAUAUUUCUACGUGAAGUGCACCAUGCACAAGAAAUCCGCAGGAAGCUGCUCCUGAACCUGAUGCUAUCUGAUGUGCCUGGUAUUUCAGAGGAAGAAAAGCGCAGGCUCCUACAUUGUGUCGUUGUUGGAGGGGGUCCAACAGGUGUAGAGUUUAGUGGUGAACUGAGUGAUUUCAUUACGAAAGAUGUUCAUCAAAGAUAUGCACAUGUGAAAGACUACAUCCGUGUUACCCUGAUAGAGGCAAACGAGAUAUUAUCUUCCUUUGAUGAUCGUCUUCGGCAAUAUGCUACAAAGCAGCUGACAAAGUCCGGAGUUCGUUUGGUCCGAGGUGUUGUGAAGGAUGUCAAAUCUCGGAAGAUAAUUCUCAGUGAUGGCACAGAGGUUCCUUAUGGGCUGUUGGUGUGGUCUACUGGUGUUGGUCCCUCACCUUUUGUGAGAUCUCUGCAACUUCCAAAAUCCCCAGGAGGGAGGAUUGGUGUUGAUGAGUGGCUUCGAGUUCCUUCUGUUCAGGAUAUAUUCGCAAUUGGCGAUUGCAGUGGGUUCUUGGAAAGUACUGGCAAGCCAGUCCUUCCAGCUUUGGCCCAGGUCGCGGAGAGACAAGGGAAGUAUUUAGCAGAGUUACUAAACAGUGUAGCUAAAGCUGGAGGAGGGCAAGCAAACAGCUCCAAAGAAAUUGCGUUAGGAGAUCCCUUUGUCUAUAGGCAUCUCGGAAGCAUGGCCACCAUUGGGAGAUAUAAAGCUCUGGUGGACCUUAGGCAGAGCAAGGAGGCCAAAGGGUUGUCACUGGCAGGAUUUACCAGUUGGUUUAUCUGGCGCUCUGCGUACCUCACUCGCGUCGUAAGCUGGAGGAACAGGUUCUACGUGGCCAUAAACUGGUUCACGACUUUCGUUUUCGGUCGCGACAUAAGCCGAAUAUAGUCGUCAGGGUCCAACACUAUAGAUUCAUUAAUUCAGACACAUACUAGCGUUGAUGCUUCUUUUAUCCUUCACUUUUAGAAUAUUGAUGACAGAGUUGCAAGAGGCUGGAUGCACAACAGCUUGUGGUGUUCUAUGAAACAAUAAUGCUUAAAUAUAAUGUGUAUAAUUCUCUCGUAAUAGACGCAGAUUUACGUGUUAUUGUAUAAUGUUGGCAUUUUUAUUUAAUGCAGAUUAGUGAGAUGACAUAUA